UUGGCUAAAAACUGGGACCUAAAUUCUGGUUUUUGGCCCGCCGCCCUCGAAAUAGCUCUCCGGCGUCAAAACUCAAACGUUCUUCUCUCCGUCACUUUCUCCGGCGAACACUUAUCCUCUCUCUCUCUCUCUCUCCGGUGAAAUCGAAUUGGUUGAUUAGAAGGAUUGCUGGAAAUGGAUUUUACAUGCAAAGAAAGUAAUGCGGAGGACUCUUUAUCACCUGGAGUAUUUGAGUUACCUGGAGAGCCGGCUGUCGUUAUUAAUGGGUUACCUCCCAUUUCUUCAAGUGCUGACACCGUUUUACCCUGCCCAACAGUUACAAAUGCAGAACCACGUAAGAAUUCUGGUUUUGGGCAAUGGCUUGAAGGAAGAGAAGUUCGCAAGUUGUUUGGGGACCAGUAUUACUUUGGGAAAGUUACUGAAUUUGAUGAGGAAGUUGGUUGGUUCAGGGUGAAGUAUGAAGAUGGUGAUUUUGAAGAUCUUGAGUGGCAUGAGUUGGAACAAAUUCUUCGGCCUUUGGACAUUACUAUUCCGUUGAAAACAUUAGCCUCAAAGAUCAUUAAGAGGAAGCAGAGAUCUACUCAGAAGUCUGGAAAAUCUGGGGGUGGAACUAGAAAUCAAGGCGUAAAAAUGAAAAAGACAGUGUUGGCUAUUUCUUGAAUUUAUGUGAGAAACUCCCGUCAUGUCAAACGUGGCAUGGUAUGUUUAGCUCCUAUGGAUAGAACAGCAUAUUUUCCAUCUUCAUGAGCAAGCCAUGAGAAUUUUGAAACAUCAUGUAGAGAAUGGUUAGUAGGUAUAGUCAGGUGAGUUGAGUAUCCCUGUAAUUAUAUCGACUUCAUUUAGCACAUUCAUUCAGUCUAGUCUAUAUUAGUCCAAAAGCAUCAUUUUUGAAAUUUUUGGUUGAGUAUCAAGUGAAGAAUUGGUCCCCAAUUUGCUUGGUCGCAUCAUCUCCGGGAGUCAUUUCUGGAAAGUCGCAUAAUAUGGAUUUCAUUGGUUGGAUACUGAGUAAAGACCAGGGAUGGUGUCUUUAAGAUGCUGAGGACUGAUGGCUCUACAACAGCUGGGACGAGGUUACUGUUGGACAUUCGCUUAUCCGUGGAAGGUUUCUGCCACAUCUUCGUCUCUGGCUGAUUGUAAUAGUUGUUCCUUUUGUUGGGCUUGAACUUCAUGUGGUAAAUUGCGCAGGACUAAUGAGAUUCAAUGACCUUCAUCAGUUCGAGUCUCCAAAGCGCUUUCAAUGGCAUUUCUUUCAUAGCCCGAUGUGCCAAGAAGAGUAAUUAGAUGUAUAAUCACGGAGAUCUUGUAUUAAUGCCCUUCUUACAUCGAGUAUGUGAGGAAGAAGCCUCUGCUUGCUUAAGUUAUGAAUUUUAAUGACGACGACUUAGAGACUCUCUGUUGGUGACACUUUUGAUCGACGAACAAAGUUCCGCGGAAUGCCAAUGUCUGUGCUGCAGUAGGGCUAUGCAUGAUUUCAUGCCUAUUGGUGUUUCUUAUUUUUACUGCUAGUUGGAAUUUGGCGCUCUAUUUGCCAUUGCUUAGUACAUUUAGCUAAUUUUUCUAGUUGACAGACGUCUUUUAGAAAGUAGUUUCUGUGGUCAAUGGUCAGUCAACCAGAUUACAUUUGUUCAAUAAUUUUUAUCUUGAAAAAGAGAUGAUACCAGUACCCCGUUAAUUCAUGUUUUGAGAAUGA